AUGUAUGCUUAUCUCGAAUUAUCAAAUAUUACUCGAACAGAUUCAACGAUACAAUCACUAUCAUGGAUGAAUGGCAAUAGUGAUAUUGGAACUACAUUGAUAAACAACAAUGAAUUAGUACAAUCAACAUUACCAGAUAAAUCAAAGGAUGGAUGGUUAGCUACUGGAAAUAGUAACCAUAUUGUUAGCAUUACUUACACAUCCGUUCGAACAAAUGAAGAGCAAGAACAUAUUCAUUCACUCGAUCGAACAAAUUUCAAUUUAAGAGCUCAUCGUAUUGAUGUAAAAAUUGUAGUGUGGAAUAUUCCUUAUCAAAAAUUAGCUACUGUCGACGAAAAAGGAGUGAUUUUUGUUUGGGUCAAACAUGAAUCUCGAUGGUCUUUAGAAUUAAUAAAUGAUCGAAGUCAACCUGUAACUGAUUUAGCGUGGUCUCAUGAUGGACGAAUGAUGGUUAUUUGCUAUAUCGAUGGAUUUGUUUUAGUUGGAUCUGUUACGGGUCAACGAUAUUGGUCAGCUGUAGUCAAUACGGCUCAAAGUACAAUAAUGGCUGUGACAUGGACACCAGAUGAUACUCAUGUUUUACUUGGUACAUCUGAUGGUGGUGUAAUUUUAAUGGAUUAUAGGGGCAAUACAACAGAAAUUUUUUCAUUUUCAACAUCUUCAAUAACACAGUUACUUUAUUCAUGUGAUAAAUUCUAUGUCAAUUACCAUGUACUUGAAGCUGAUCAACGGCGUAUGGUGAAAUUUACGAAUGAAGACUAUGUUUUGGCUUGUAGUUUGAAAUCUGGGCAAGUUAUGUUUAUGGUAAAUUAUAUGGAUCAAACAGCAGCCAUUAUAGAAACUGGUUUACGAAGUAAUAAAAGAGAUAAAACCACUCAACUUGUGUGA